GACUUUCGAUCAGUGACUUCCAGUGGCAGCAACGGAUUUUCUCGGUACGCGAUCGGAUCUUUUCAAAACUGUUCCCAGCUCUAUAAGUGGAGACGUCGGGUUUAUCGAGCGUGUAAUUUGUGCUCCGUUCGCGAGAUUUAUGAUCCACGGUACCCGCCCACUGACAGCCUAAAUGUCGGAGCCCCGAACCCCUCGAUUCCGGCACCUCCGCUGGGUGGCCUGCGUGCUGGCCAGUCUCUGGAUUUCCGUUAGCCAGGCCCAGUUGCCAGGAGCUGGCUUCCAAGGACAACGGGGGCAGGUGCCUCCUCUGCAACCACUGCAACAGCCAACCAAUCCCUUCCAGCGCCGCCAGCCCAAUCCCGUUCAGGGUCAAGGACUAUUUCCGGGUCAGCGAAAUGCCUUGAAUCCGCUGGCUCCUCCGCUGACUGGAGCUGCCCUCCAGAAUCCCUACACCCGGUAUAACCAGUACCAGCAGCAGAACUACGUGCCCAUCACAGCCUACAACAACGAACUCAAUCUGGAUGGUAGCUUUUCCUACGGAUACUCAUCGGCCGAUGGAACCACUGCCCAGGCACAGGGCUAUGUUAAAAACCUGGGAUAUGGGGAAGGAGUCGAGGCACAGGUAAUCCAAGGCUCCUACUCGUACACCUCACCGGAGGGCACUCCCAUAACAGUACGUUACAUCGCCGACGAGAACGGAUUCCGGGCGGAGGGCACGGGAAUUCCAGCCUCCCCGCAAUACUUCUCGGGUGCCCAACCCUAUCAACAGGGCCUGCUCAAUCCCAAUUUGAAUCCCUACCAGACGCCCUUCCGCCAGCUGCCGCCACCACUGCCCAAUGCCCCCUUCCGACCUCAACUUCCGGGGCAACAACCUUUGACCCCGCUGCAGCAGCAACAACAGCAGCAGCAACAACAGUUGCAACAGCAACGCAACUUCCAGCAGCAACAGCAACCAAACUCCGGGCAAUAUCAGCCAGAUCAGCCGUUUAAUCAGCUGCAUUCUGGUAAUUUACCCGGCCAGUAUGCCGGACAAUUUGGCCAGCAAUCCUUUGGCAGCAAUCUCACGGCCCAACAGGCACAACAGCAACAGAAUCUCAACCAGCAACAGAAUCUCAAUCAGCAACAACAGCAGCAGCAGCAACAGCAGAAGGAGCAACAAAAUGAACAGCAGCAACAGGCCCUGAUCACCCAGCAACUGAGGGGCAGACCCAACAAUCUAGUGGAUCCCUAUGGCUAUAACCAGUAUGGCAGACGCUUCAAGAAGUCCCCAAAGAAAUAAUAUAACAUAUUAUUAUAAUUGAAACGAUUAGUUAGUCGCAACUCAAAGCAUGAAAUACAUGCAUCUGAAAAGU